GGUUGGAGGAAAAUCGCAUCGCUGGUGGUGUUUUGGUUUUGGCUGGAAGGCUGCGCCCACGCGAGACCGCUCCGGGGAAAAGUGGAGCCGAGGGUUUUCCAGGCGCUCCCCAUCGCUCCGGAUCGCGGCCGGGGAGCCGGCCGGGCUUUGGGGAGGCCCCGCACGAGAUGUACCAGAGCUUAGCCAUGGCAGCCAACCCCGGCCCUCCGGCGUACGAGGGGGCAGGUGGCUUCAUGCACAGCGCGGCCGCAGCGUCCCCGGUCUAUGUGCCCACCACGAGGGUCACCUCCAUGCUCCCCAGCCUGCCCUACCUGCAGAGCAGCGGCUCUUCCCAGCAAGGCAGCCCCGUCUCCAGCCACUCCAUCUGGACUCAGCCCGGAGCCGAAAGCGCCGCUUACAACCCUGGAUCUUCUCACCCUCCCGUGUCACCUCGGUUCUCCUUCUCCACCAGCACCCCCAUCCCGGCCACCUCUUCCCGGGAAGCGGCGGCGGCUUACAGCAGCUCCUUGAACCUUUCUGCUAACGGGAGGGAGCAGUACAGCAGGGGCUUCGGCAGCUCCUACUCCAGCCCCUACCCGGCCUACAUGAGCCCCGAAAUGGCCACGACCUGGACUUCCUCGCCCUUCGACAGCCCCAUGCUGCACAACCUGCAGAGCCGAGGGACUCCCGCGGCCGCCCGCCACGCCAACAUCGCAGAAUUUUUUGAUGAUUAUUCCGAGGGGCGAGAAUGUGUCAACUGUGGGGCCAUGUCCACCCCGCUGUGGAGGAGGGACGGCACGGGGCACUACCUCUGCAACGCCUGCGGGCUCUACCACAAGAUGAACGGCAUCAACCGGCCCCUGUUCAAACCCCAGAGGAGGCUGUCAGCGUCCCGCCGUGUUGGGCUCUCCUGUGCCAACUGCCACACGACGACCACCACGCUCUGGCGCAGGAACGCCGAGGGGGAGCCGGUCUGCAACGCCUGCGGGCUCUACAUGAAACUCCACGGGGUCCCAAGGCCUUUAGCCAUGAGAAAAGAGGGAAUUCAGACGAGGAAACGCAAGCCUAAGAACCUUAACAAAACAAAGGCACCAGCAGGCCCAUCCAGCAGUGAGAGUCUUACCCCGACCACCAGCUCUGCCAGCAGCAGCAGCAGCACCACGACCACCGAGGAAAUGCGCCCCAUCAAAACAGAACCCGGGCUCUCAUCUCACUAUGGGCACCCCAGCCCUGUCUCUCAGGCAUUUUCAGUCUCUGCCAUGUCCGGACAUGGAUCAUCCAUUCACCCUGCGAUCUCAGCUCUGAAGCUUUCCCCCCAGGCUUACCAGUCAGCCAUGAGCCAGUCUCCCCAAACCAGCUCCAAACAGGACUCCUGGAACAGCCUGGUGCUGGCUGAGAACCACGGGGACAUCAUAACUGCAUAACCUGGCCCUUUCCUUAUGAACUCCAGGCUGAUCUGCUUGAGAGAUGAAGAAGAUGCCAUGUAAUCAUCAAGUCAAUGUUGUCUCCACCUCCCCUGCUCUCCUGCCUUCUCUCCCCUUGUGAGAUGUUCCAGCAAAGAGGUAAAGAGAACUUAUCCGAGGUGUAGGGGAGCUCUUAUGAAAUGAACAGAGAAGACUCAAAUCUCAGAGUAACUCAAGGAUUUGAAGCCUUUUCCCCCACUUUAAAUGAGCCUCUCUAUUUGACCGUCACCACUUGCUAUGAAACAGCCAGAAACACAGAGAUGGACACAGUUCUUGAGUUUAAUUUAACAAUAUCUGGCAUUUUAAGACUCAGACAAUGGUGGAGCAGAGACACUUCUGUCACCACCCAUUCUUUUCCCAAACAGAAGAAAAUGCCAUUGUCUUCUCAUGACCCAAAUUCAGUGAUCUUCCACCAAACGGAGCCAGUUCCAGGACAGUUUGCUGAACAGACUUCACUAGAGAUUCUUUAGUGGCUUUAAUGGAUUUGAUAUGAUGUAGGGCAGAGAAAAAAAGAGACAUUCCCCUUCCUCCUCAGCUCACACAUGUAGAGCAUUGUCUUCAUUUUCCUAGAUGGUCUGGAAAACUCAUGAAUGUCUGUAUUUAAUAGUAACUCCCUUCCUAUUUAUCACUACGAAAUUGUGGGACUGUGUUUCCAAAAGGUUGUUGGCUGAGCCUGGAGUAGGUCUGUCCAAAGUCAAAGGGGGAUUCUGGAAGAAGAAACCUUCUGGAAGAAGGUUGAUGAGACCCAUGCUGGUCAUCAAAUCCUGGGGGAAAUGGCUGGGCUCUUCCCUGAUGUAUAGUGACUAGCCAGGCUUAGAGAUGAUUCAAGAGCACAGCAAGUGAAAGAUGCUCUUCUAACGCUGCUGUGCCACUGCUUUUCAGACAGAUAAUUUAAUUAUUUUGCCUGUUUUUAUGUUGGUUUGGAUGCCACUGAUGAAAUCUGACUGUCACUUAUUUUUGGCUGUACUGUGAGUGCCCACUUUCCCCCUAACAGCUGGCUCGUGACCAUUUCCCACAUCUAAUCCUUUAGGAUUUCACUUUUUGCAACAAGCAGUGGCUUCAUCCCCUACUGGAGGUGGCAGGGGCUAUUUUCUUUAUCAAGCAUGUGCACAGACUUGCCUGCCUGCAAGAGAACACAACUCCAUUAAACAAGACUCGACUGUUUCCUUGCCCAUAAGGCUCUCACCUACCAGGGAAUCCUGGCAAAUGGAGUUGGAAGAGAUGCUAAAUGCCCGCUGACUCAUUCCCUUUUCCCAAAGGGAUCAGUCCUGCCUAAUCCAGCCCUGACUGCUCUGCCUCUGGUUUAACAAACUCAAACUCCAGCACUGCAGGCGCCACAGCUCCCCUGGGCAGUCCAAGUGCUUCACCAGAUGCUUCCCACGAUGUUUGAAUCAACAUUUCCAAGGAAGGACAGCUUUGCCUGUCCAUGCAGAGAGUUCCUGGGAGACCUCAUCCUGCAAGAUUCUUCACUCUUGUUUCUGUCUGCUCCCAAGCUCUGUUACCCUUCUUGCCUUCCCAGCUCCUCUCUUUUCCUCCCUGCAUCCAGAAUUCGAGUACAGAACUACCAAGUGAAAAAUCUCUAAGGGGAACUGUGCAGCCCUCCCAAACGUGCCACCCUCUGUCUCCCACUGUUUAACAUUCCCACAAGGAGUGUUCUUCCACACAACCUACGGCACAUGGCCUGGUGAAGAGGAGAGCCACGGACAGGUUUGAAGCAAAAGAAUGGCGUUGUGUUGUCUGUUUGAACUCACUCUUUUCCUGCCGGUGGUGUAAAAGCUUCUCUAAGGAGAAGGAUUCAACUGGACUGGUCGUGACUGGAGAGUCUUGGACCCUCCCACAUUCCCCAUUCUCUCCAUAGCCCAGAUUUGCAGGAUUUUGGAGGUGUGACAGAACCUCCACACUCCCUAGAGAAAAACACCAUGGCAAUGAUGCCAUGAGAACAGCUGGGUGGUGUUUACACCAGUUCCCACUCUGUCUUUUGGAGCUAAUGCAGUGUGUUAGCCUCAUUAGUGCUAAUUACAAAUGAGGGAAAGACAUUAAUGAAACAUGAAUAAAAAGAAAUUAAAUUCUU